AGUUCUGUGCCAAUCUGUCAGUCUGUGCCACUGCUAAGUGCCAGUAAAGUGGUUCAAAAUCAAAAUAGAAAAAAGAAAACAUCAAAUUAAAAUUAUAAACUGAGAAAACAAACGAAGUGUAGUUUCAGUUAUUAGGACUUUUAUACGAUGACAUCUCAAUUAAUUGAUAAGUUUAAGCAAUUAGAUGCAUACGCUAAGACGUUAGAGGACUUCCGAAUAAAAACUGCAACCGGUGCAGCAAUUACUGUUGCCGGUGGACUGAUGAUGGUAUUAUUAUUUCUAUCUGAACUGUACACUUACAUGUCACCAAAUAUUUCUGAAGAAUUGUUCGUAGAUACAUCAAGAGGCCAUAAACUGCGAAUAAAUUUAGAUAUCAUCGUACCGACAAUCUCAUGUAAUUAUUUAGUACUUGAUGCUAUGGAUUCAUCAGGAGAACAGCAUCUACAAAUGGAACAGAACAUUCAUAAGAGAAGACUGGAUCUCAAUGGAAAUCCUAUAGAAGAACCAAAAAAGCAAGAAGUUGCAACAUCUACUACAGUAAAACAAAACAUUUCUGAAGUGGCAAUAAUCACAUGUGGCAGUUGUUAUGGAGCAGCACUUAAUGAAUCUCAAUGUUGCAAUACCUGUGAAGAUGUGAAAGAAGCAUAUAGAAUAAGAAGAUGGGCCUUACCUGAUUUGUCUACAAUAGAGCAAUGUAAAAAUGAUGAAUCUAUUGAAAAAACUAACUUAGCUCUCAAAGAAGGGUGUCAAAUCUAUGGCUACAUGGAAGUCAACAGAGUAGGAGGAAGCUUCCACAUAGCUCCAGGGAAAAGUUUUACAAUUAAUCAUGUACAUGUGCAUGAUGUACAGCCAUAUUCAUCGUCAGUUUUUAACACAACUCAUUUUAUCAGACACUUAUCUUUCGGGACCGACAUUGAAGGUGCCAACACUGCACCCUUAGAUGGAGUUAAUGGUAUAGCUAAGGAAGGUGCUGUUAUGUUCCAAUACUACCUUAAAAUAGUUCCAACUAUGUAUGUAAAACUAGACAGAACUGUUUUACACACAAACCAGUUUUCAGUUACAAGACAUCAGAAAUCUGUGUCAAACAUAAAUGCAGAGUCAGGAAUGCCUGGGGCAUUUUUUAGCUACGAACUUUCACCACUUAUGGUCAAGUACACAGAAAAAGAAAGGUCUAUUGGUCAUUUUGCAACAAAUAUCUGUGCUAUAAUUGGCGGAGUUUUCACAGUUGCGGGAAUUAUUGAUGCCUUUUUGUACCACUCUUUAAAUGCAUUUCAUAAUAAAAUUGUAUUAGGAAAAGCUGGUUAACUUAUAAAGUCUUCAAAAACGUAUUGAAGUCAUUAACACUACACUUUGCAAAUUUUUUACAAAACUCAGUAUCUGAAUCUUCAACUAGAGAUUUAAUUGGAAUAUAAUUUUCUUUCUGAGGAUCAUAUUGAGAGCGGCCCAAUUUUUCUAAAAAUAAAUGUCUUUGUUUUAUUCUAAACUUUCUGCACAUUAAUACUUCAGGGCUUUGUUUAAUUGUUUGAUGUGAAAUUUUCAUUACAUUGUGGAUGUAAUUAAAUCUUUCAAACAGGGACCUCUGAUCUGUAAAAAAAAGCACAAAUUUUACUAUAGUUAUACUUAAUUACAAUUGAUUUGUUGUCUAGUAUUUAUUUAUAUAUAUGUAUAUCAGCUCAUAAUUCUUAUACAAUUUUAUAAUUAUAAUAGGUAGUGUUUUCUCUACACAUUUUUAUAUAGUUAUUAAAUCAUAUAUUUGAUUAAUCUUUUGUAAAUAUAGAAAACAAUUAAUGUAAAAAGCCUUCAAGUUUGGACAAAUCUUGUGUGUGAACUUUUUUUAGUAACCAGACAUCUGUGUGAUUUUUAAUGGAUAAAGCAGUUAUUGAAACAAAACCUUAUUUUUCUGUAAUUCCCAUUAGGUAUUACCAAGUAUAUAAUAUAUACAGGAUGUCUCUGAAAUCGAUGUCUAAGUGACACCAGGAGAUCGGCAAGUUGUUAACAUAAUAAUAUGUUUGAAGGAGGAACACAACUCCCUCUUAUGCACUCUCAAUAUUGCAGUGUUUCUAGGAGCUUUCACUAAGGUUGAAAAUAAGAGAUCAUUUCCGACGAGCACUGUAACGGCCGGCCCUGCCCAUGCCACUCUUCAAGUGUAUACCGCGCUGCAUCCACCAAGGAGUUCAAAGAAUGGCACAGGGGCUACUAUUUUGGUAAUAGCACAUAAUUUGCACACAUAGUCACUGUAAUUUACAUUCACUUCAAGGACCCUGUAUAUGUUAUGGGAAGAUAACAAGAUCCUUAAGUUUACAAAUUACCUAGGAUUUUUAAUAGUUCUUGUAUUUACUUAUUAUUAUAUACUGAAUAAUCAAUUAUCAUAAUACUUACUCAACAUCAAAAGUUUUGGUUUAGCUAAAACCAAUUCUUUCACUUCUGUGUCUUCAAAGCCCAUUUCCUCUUUUAUUACAAACAUAUUACAUUUUAUACUAUGUAUAUUGUAGGUUAUUAGUUUAGGUUGCUUAGUUGCCAAAUCUCUUACUUCCUUGCCACAUAAGUUAAGAGUUUCUUGAAAGAAUCCCAAUCUUUUGUCUAUCCUUAUUGUACUGCAAAAUAAAAAUCAUAAUAUGUAUAUGUUCUAAACUAUAUAAUAUAUAUUACAUUCUAAAGACCAAACCAUUUAGAGAUUAGGAAAACAAGGACAAAAAGAAUUACUUUAAAAAAAAAACAUUAAAAUUGAAGUUUAUAUACUAAUACAUUUUAAAUGCAAUAGCAAAUAAUGUAAUAACAUCAGAAAGUAAUAAAAAUAUGAGUUUACCUUGUUAAACUUACCUAAACAUCAACCAAAAAGGAUUUUUUACAAUAAUUCGCUGGAUUUGGCUUUCUUGGAAACCUUUCGAGUACAAAUAAUUAACUCGUACUUGGAGGUCUUCCAAUGGUUCGCAGAAAAUCAUUGGAUUUUUCGUUAAGAAACUGCCUAAAUCUUCCAUAUCAAUAUAGUUAUUGAGAAAUAUUAUAUGGUUCUUCAUGUCCUUUUCAAAAUCUAAUUUCAAAAAUCUUUCUACUAUGUAUGGUUUCUUUUCUAUUUUACUUAUGUUAACAUUUAAAUCAACUAGAUUUUUCAAUGUUUCAGAUUGAUUAAUAUACGCUGCUAAAUUAAAAGUAUUAGAAAAGUAAGGUGUUACGGUCGACAAAUCUUCAACAGCAGGAUUUAAUACUUCCACUUUGUUUUUUUCUCUUACAGCCAAAAUAGUAUUAGUAUCAUUUACAUGCUGUACGGCACUACAAAAGCGUGAUGUUAUUUCUAUAGUUCUUAAACUAAAACCUUUGUAAAAUUUAAAUAAAGUCGAGGUUAGCGCCAUGAUAUCCACUUGCUCCAAAUCAACUAUGUAAACAUUAAAAUAAUAUUAAUAAAUCA